CUAUUUCCUUGAUUCCAUGCAGAUAUAUCACUGAGCAGGCAAUAAUCGCUCAUUCGUGGCCACAAAAAGUAAUUCCACAAGACAAAUCAUGACAGUCAGCUCCGGCGAUGACUACACCGCAUACUUCACCCCAAAACAAUCAACACCAGUCGGUGCCGCACUCCUAGAUCCCGAGCAUGGCAUCACAGAAACCACCAUAAACACCAUCUUCCGCCCACUGACAAUCCGCGGCAUAACUUUCUGCAACCGCAUCUUCGUCUCGCCCAUGUGCAUGUACAGCUGCGCAGGCGACGGCAUGAUGACCGACUUCCACGUAGUCCAUGCUGGCCAAUUCGCCUUACGCGGUGCAGCUUUAGUAACCUUGGAAGCAACAGCCGUGCUGCCAUCGGGCCUAAAUUCUGUCCAAGAUGCCGGCUUAUGGUCUGACGAGCACAUCGCACCUGUUAACCGCGUGGUAGACUUCAUACAUUCACAAUCGAAACAUGCAGCGAUCCAGCUUCAACACGCAGGCCGGAAAGCAAGUAUUUGUCCUCCAUGGCUUGGCCUCAGAACUGUACCAGAGAAAUAUGGAGGUUUUCCCGAUGGUGUUCUUGCGCCGACUGCGGAAUCUUGGAACGAUAAUUAUGCGAAACCAAAGGAAAUGACUGAAGAAGAAAUCUGGGGGGUUAUCGAAGCUUUUGGACAAGCUGCUCACCGAGCAGUUAAAGCUGGAUGCCGAAUCGUUGCAGUGCAUGGGGCUCAUGGUUAUUUGAUUCAUUCUUUCGCGAGUCCUGCGAGCAAUAAACGUACUGAUCAGUGGGGAGGCAGCUUCGAGAAUCGUAUUCGUUUCGCGGUGGAGGUUAUUCGGAGCAUCAGGCGUAAUGUGCCUCCCGAGACGCUUCUUUUCUGGAAGAUUUCAGCGGUAGACUGGCUACCUCUCGGCGAAGGCUGGGAGCUGAGCGAUACUCUCCGCUUCGCACCCAUUCUCGCAGCCGAAGGCAUCGAUAUGCUCGACGUCUCAAGCGGCGGUACCGAUCGAAGGCAAAAGGUGGAAAUGGGACCACAAUACCAAGUCAAAUUCGCUAAAGCAGUGAAAGAUUUGAAAAUUCCAGGUCUCUACAUUGGCGCUGUAGGUUGGAUUCGAGAUGGGGCCACCGUUGCUGAUAUCAUCGAAAAUGAAAAAGCAGACUUCUGCUCGGUCGCACGAGAGUUCUUACGAGACCCGAACUUCGUGCAACGUGUAGCAUUGGAGGUCGGUACAAAGAUCGCUUGGCCAGACCAGUAUCAUCGUGCCUCAAGUACAACUCCUGUCUCCUUGAGCGCAAUUGCAAUAUCUGACAUUUUCGUAGUGGCAGGAAGCUACGUCGAAUCAACAACGAGCAUAUCCACAGACGCCAAAGCCCACGUGCACAUUACCAAAGACAACACUUUGGAUAAUGCAAAAGCACCGUCUGCGCUGGAUUCUAAUGAGCCUAGAUCGAGCAGAUAGUAUAUCAGGCGC